CGCCCCCUGGUGGCCACCACACAGACAGGUUCCUUUAAGUCACGUGACUUCUGGGAAAAGGAUCGUCUCUGUGUGAGGCAGCAGAAUCUGCAGCAGCAACGGAGCACACACACUCGCAGUCUGCAGGCACCGCGGAGGAAACGUAACCGAGUCUUUAAAGAGUCAUGGCAGCAGGGAGAAUGCGCUCCACGCGCAGACUACGCUCGUGGAUCGUCGAACAGGUCAGCAGUGGGAAAUUCCCGGGGCUGAUGUGGGACGAUGAGGCCAAAACCAUGUUCCGCAUCCCGUGGAAACACGCUGGGAAACAGGACUUCCGUAAAGAUGAGGAUGCCGCCAUCUUCAAGGCGUGGGCGCAGUUCAAAGGUAAGCCUACAGACGGGAGUCAGGACAGCCCGGCCUCCUGGAAGACCCGCCUGCGCUGCGCCCUCAACAAGAGUCCAGAGUUUACAGAGGUGAUGGAGCGAGCCCAGCUGGACAUCUCUGAACCCUACAAGGUCUACCGCCUCGUCCCCAUCAGCGAGCAGGGUAUGGUGGUUCCUGAAAAGAAAAGCAGAGUAAAAGUCACCAAAAGGCCAAAAAGGAGGAGGAGCAGUAGUGAAUCAGAGAGCAGCGACGUCGGCCAGACUAAGCAGAUAAAGAUGGAGGAAGUGACCUCGCAGCUGUGUGUCGAAGAGGCUCUGCUGUGGAGCGAAACCCCCGCCCAGACGGAUGAAUACACACAGCACACCACCACCACACAGAGAGAGGUGGUUGAUGAGAUCAGGUUAGACGUACGGAUCGAGGAAAGCGUCCCUGCUCCCACAGGAGUCCAGGAAUACUUCAAUGUGGUGGUUCAUUAUUUAGGACAGGAGGUCCUCAAACGUCAAAUCCAAAACAGCGACGUCAGGAUAAUGUACUUACCUUCCUCUCCUGUUCCACCGACGCCGGCCGCCCUGAAGGGCAGGUUUCCUCGCAUCCCGCUGCCUGAGCCGCCCUCCACGCUGCCGGCCGGUCCGGAGCUGCAGGCUCUGUUCACCCUGCUGCCCUUCAUGGAGAAAGGAGUGGUGCUGACCACCAUGUCUGGGGGAGUUUAUGGUAAAAGGUUCUGCCAGGGGCGGGUCUUCUGGACAGGGCCGCACACGACCACACCGGGGCUGCACAAGAUGGAGAGAAACACAGAGCCAGUGUUGCUCUUCAGUAAAGAGAUCUUCAAGCGAGAUUUGGAUCACUUCCGUGCAAACGGUGGCGAGCCUCCUGAGUGUGGCGUCACUCUGUGUUUUGGAGAAGAGCUGAGUAACACUGAAGACCCAUCUGGAAAACUCAUCAUAGUUAAGGUAAAUAUCACCUUCUCAUGGGCAGAGCAGCAGGUCCAGGACGCGCAGUGCUUCUUUCAGUCCAUCAACUUCCUCCAGUCAUUGGCCAACGAGUCUCCAAAGGGAGAAAUAACUCUGAACCUGGUCACCGUGCCUCAACCGGACUCUGAAGCAGUUACCCUCGUGACAAUCUGAGCACUUUGUCCAACGUGGGGGGGGGGUUGUUCAUUCCAAAGUAAGAGACAAGCCCAUUCUUUCAAAAUAAGAGUAACCGGGCUGAGUGAUAUUUCAACAUCACUGUAAAUCUAUCUUCUAAAAUACACCAAAUUAAAACCACUGAUUCAUUACAGAGUCAGAUUUCUGACUAGUAUUUGUGGCAAGUGUAUAUUUUCCUAUCGCCCAGCCCUAACAGACAGGAUAAAACAAGUCUCACAGCACUUACGAAAAUACUUUUUGAGACUGGAUCUACAGAUGAAGUGGCAUCUUUUGACCCUGAAAAUGUAUAAUGAACUUUUUUGGGAUGGACUUUUGACUCCUUACAGCCUUUGUAGAGAUUGGUUGGUGAACUGGAAGCACUACAUGUAAGCCUACACUGAGAACUUCAGAUUUGCAACAAUUAGUCAGCUGACAGAAUUAAUCGGCAACCACUUUGAUAGUCAGUUACUUCUGUCAGUCGUUUAAACAUUCUCUAAACAUUCUUCAGCCUCUCAAAUUUGAAGAUCUGCAUUUCUUUCUUUGUCAUAUAUGACAUUAACUUUAAUAUCUUCAGGUUUUUGACUGUUAGUGGAAAAAUUGUCACUUUCUUCAAUGUACUUGUUUUUUUUACUUAACAUUUUAUAGACCAAACAAUGAAUUGAUUCUGAAAAUAAUCACUAGUUGCAGCUCUAGUCGUCUUCCUUCCUUGAAAAUGUGAUCUUACUUCUGCGAUUAUGGCUGCACGUGUUAUUCUCCUAAGCAAAUGAUGUCAUGUGUUUAUACUACAGCACUAUAAAAACUUUGUUCCUUGGUCUUGUUAAGCGUUUAGAUGUCAAUUAUUAUUGUAAUAUAAAAGGGAAACACACCGUCAUGAAAGUAGUUGUAGCUAUAUUAAAAACAAAAUAAUUAUCAUUAUCAUAAUCAUUUUUAUAUUUUUAAUGUAUCCUUUUACUCAAACUCUGAGGUUAGUUCUUUGUCAUGUCGGACAUUGAUACAUUUACAAAUGUGGACUGAAGGUUGUUUUUUAAUAGAAUAUAAAAAAAGAUGUUUCACACUGUUCACACUGAGACUUUGGGGGACUCUUAAAGGAAAAAAAUCAAACCUUCUUUACUCCUGCUCUACUGUCAGAAAUCAUUCAGCUAGGCCAUUGAGUGCAAUUUUAUUAUGGGUUAUGUGAGAAAGUUAUGAAAUUUACAAGAGUGGAAACAGGUUACCUCGACCUCUAAGAGAGAACGAGUGACUCUGGGUUAGUAUUUUCAGAGUUACAAAUUCUUAAAGACAUUUGAAAUGUUUUAAAAUAUUUUACUGGCAUCACUGUGUAUAGGUAAGGGGCAAACAAAAGUACAAAACCUACAUUUCAGUACAGAAGUCCUGCAAUAAAUUCAGUCUGCUGAAGCUCAGGAUAUUUGGUUUUUGUCGAGGCUCUCAGACGCAUCUA